AUGAUUAACCAGGACCACGCCAACUUCAAAUCUAUGUGGACCGAGUACAAUGGGCCCAACAUGAACAACGAGAUGAAGCAAAAGCUGGGCUGGGCGCUGAUCCGGGAGAUUGCGAUGCACAGCUCUGCGGAGGAGGAGGUGAUGUACCCUGAGGUGAGCUGGGGCCUUGCGGUCUGCUGGCAGAUCCGCAAACGUUUGGGCGAUGAGGCGGCCGACCACUUACUGGGACAUGACGGCCAUCAGAAGAUGAAGGAUCUGCUGUACGAGGCUAACAACAUGACUAUCGAGAAGAACGGAGAGACGGCAUACACCGCGAAGCUGGACGAGGCCAUGAAGGUGUUGUACCACCACGUCGCGGAGGAGGAGACUCAGGUGUGGCCGCGCUUUGAAUCGCUUCCGGGCGUGGAUGCCGACCUGCUGUCGCACUUGGGCAAGAAGUUCGAGUCGGCUAAGAGUCAUGCGGUCACCAGGCCGCACCCCUGGGCCCCGAACAAGCCCCCCCUCAACGUGAUCGCCAACACCAUGACUGCCCCCCUGGACGGUCUUGCCGACAUGUGGCGCUUCGCGGGCAACCCGCCGCGGCACUGA